AUGUCGAUGAAGGAGCUCGUGGAUCUGCUCCAGAUGUCGCUCUACCACGAGACGCGUCGUCGCGGACUCAAGAUGAGGCAGAUCAGCGCGCUGCUCGAUAUCAGCAUGCGCAAGGUCUCCCAGCUCGCCACACGCCUUCGGCGCAACUUCGCCGAGGAAGAGGUCGAGCAGGAGCUUCCUCGCCGCAUCGAGUUCAUGCUGUGGGCCGAAUCAUUGAGCCACGCGCGCAUCCUCCAGCUCCUCAAGCACUCCCCGACCGAGGACGUCGAGGAGGCGCUCGAACAACUCGUCGAGCAAAAGCGCGUCAAGCGCGAGGGUGAUGACGAGGAUAGCUGGGUUUACGAAGUGGUUCGCUCCGAGUUUCGGCUCGUGAGUCAGGACUGGCUGGCAAGAAUCGACGGCUUGAACAACCUGCUCUCCACGGUCGCCAACGCCGUCGACGCGCGCUUCUUUCACGACGACCCGCACGCCUUCGCGCGCACCUUGAGUCUGCGCGUUCGCGAAGAGGACAUGCCCAGGCUGCAUGCGCUCUACAACGACGUCAUCUGGGAGACCUUGCGCGAGCUCGAUGCGCUCGCGAAAGAGGACGAAGACGCCCAGGAGAUCGACCUCUCGCUGGUCUGGGCUCCUUACGACCAGGCGAUCACAGAGACGGGCUUUGCCUGCCCGACCUCGCUGCCGCACCGCCAUGACCUCGAGAACGUCUCGGUGUGUGCCGGGCAGGAGAUGGUCCCAGAGAGCACCCUCGAGCAGAUCGAAGAGGAGGCGGUCAUCGAGUGGGAUCUCGAGCCGAGCAACAACCAGACGGUGAACAACACCUCGCCAAACAACAGCACCAUCGGCGAGAACAACACCACGCCGGGCGAGGUCGAGGUCGGCGAGAUGGCGACCUUUGUCGAGUGUGGCGAUCAGGAGCAAACCCCUGAAUACUGCGCCGCGGAGGUGCUCGAGUGGAGCUAUGACGCGAGCAGCCAGACCCUUCGGCUCGAGGACUCGCGCGCUUACAUGAACUGCUGUGGCGAGCGCGAGAUCAAGGCGUACAAGGUCGCCGAGGCCACCUACGAGCUGCGCGAGACGGAUGACCCUGCCAUCCUCGAAGAUGGCUCCGAGGCGCGCUGUGGAUGCAUGUGCGUCUUCGACUACGGGAUCCAGAUCCCCGAGGUGGAGGAAGGCGUGAUCACGGUGCGCGUCAAGCGCGACACCUCGGACCAGGAAGGGAUCGAGCUCGACUGGGAAGGAACGCUCGACCUUGGCCAAGGCUCCGGGGCAGAAACACUCGACACCACAGACGCGGCGCAAACGCCAAAACAAGCAGAACAACCGGCCACCGAGGAAGGGUGGUCGAAGGCGUGGUCUGUAAAGCCAGAUCCCGCCUUCGCAGAACCUGAGAAAAAAGGCCCCAGAGGUUCCUCUCCGCCAAGUCUUGGCGCCGAGGUCCGCCCCAGGGUCGAGACAAGGCGCACGGAUGACACCUGGAGCGAGGUGAUGUCCUAUCGCGUUCGCCUCGACGUGAGCGGUCGCGUCGGGAGGCUCGAGGGCUUUAUCCAGCCACAGGCUUCGGGCGUUUACGGCCUGACCGGCACGCGAAACCUGAACACACCCGGGAUCGGCAUCUUCCAGGCCUACCUGCGCUAUGGUGAAGAGCGCCUCAACGUCCAGGCGGGCAGGUUCCAGAUCACCUAUGGCGAAGAGCUCGUCUGGUCGCGCGCCGAGUGGAACCAGAUCGGGCGCGCGUCUGAUGGCGUCCGCAUUCAUGGAGUCCCCCUCGAAGGGCUCGCCAUCGAUGCCUUCGGCGUGAAGUACGCGAACUUCCCCGACAUCAACGGCGUCACCGCGCCAGCCUACACGUUCGACAGCUACAUGGGCGCGCUCGUCGUGCAGCUCGAGCCGAGCCUGCUCGCGCCAGCAAUGCAAGAGAUCGACGUCUACGCCUUGCGCGAUCAUCGCUCCACACCGACCAACUACGAUGGGCCAAACCGCGACCGCAUCACCGCCUUCGGCACGAGGCUGAAGGGCAAGUGGAGCCUGGUGGAUGCCAGGUUGGAGGUCGUGGGUCAGGUGGGCGACAACUGCACGCUCGCGCUCGCGGACAAUCAAUCAGCCGAAUGCGUCGACUACGAGGAUGUGCGCCAACGUCGCGGGUUCAUGGGCGAGGCCGAGGUCGGCGUCGCGCUGAUCGACACACUUCGUCUGGAGCUUGGCGGGAUCUACGCCAGCGGCGAUGAUGAAACCACCGAGGAUGUCAUCGAAGCCUACGACCCGCUCUACGCCGCUGCGCACAGGCACCUCGGACUGGCGGAUAUCUUCAGGCGCACCGACAUCUUCCAGGCGCGCACAGGUCUCACCUUCGACAACAAGCGCGUGAUGCUCGACCUGAUGGCGCAUCACUUCUGGGAUGCCGCGCUCGACCCACGAGGUCUCGAGGUCGACGUGACCGCGCGCUACAAGUUCAAGGAUGGGCUCACGCUCCAAACUGGCUUCUCACAUUUGUUCCCCACGAGCUCGGAUCAGGUGGCCGUCACAUGGGCUUAUCUCCAGGCGAUCGCGGCCUUCAGGAACCUCAGUGUGAGGAGAGAUGCCAUGAAGAAGACGAUCCACCACCAACACCAAGACUACCUGGCGCUGCUCACAGAAUUCUUGCUCCGUCGCACCCUCGACGAGCAGACCUGGGAAGCACGCCGCGCGCAGCAGAUGGAGGUCCUCGAGCGCAAGGAGAGGAUCUGGUCGCGAGAGCCCGGCGAGCUCGCCACCUGGCUGCGCCCCUACCUCGGACACAUCGCGCUCCAGUUGGAGAUGACCGAGCCCGCGCUCCAACAAAUGAAGGGCUACCUGACCGAUGAGGAGCGCGCCGAGUACACGCGCCUGGUGACCUACCGCGCGAAGCUGCUCGACGAGAAGCAGAUGAAGACGCCGCACACACGCACCUACCAAAACUACCGAAAAACCUUCGCGAAGAUCGCGGCGCCGUUCGCGUUCGUGGACCUCGAUCUGCUCGACGCGAACAUCGCGCAGGUGCUCUCCUACAGCGGUGAUAAGCCAGUUCGCCUGGGGAGCAAAUCGAUCCGAUGCGCCCCGAUCAUGCGAAAAAUCUUGGCCGCGGACCCGAGGUUUCGCGGCGUCCUCUGCUUCACCGCCGCCGAGGCGCUCUGGCUCUUCGAGCAGGGCUUCAAUGAUCUGCUCGUCGCCUACCCCACCUGGGAUAUGGCGCAGCUCGAGGCGGUCGCCAGACACACCACGGAAACCCCCGAAAUCACACUGAUGGCCGAUUGCGAGGAGCACCUCGCGCGGUACGAGCUCGCCGCCAGCCAAGCAGGCCACAUCAUCCGCGUCUGCCUCGAUCUGGAUAUGGGGACGAACCACCUCGGCCUGCACUUUGGCGCGUUGCGCACCACGCUGCGUGAUCCGAACAAAGUCCUCGACCUCGCCAGACGAAUCCUCGAAUCGCCACACCUCGAGCUCGAUGGCCUGAUGGGCUACGAAGGACAGAUCGCGGGCACCGCAGACGCCGUCCCUGGACAACGCGCGAUGAAUCUUGUCAAACGCGCGCUAAAGCGCAUGUCGAGCGCCGAGGUGGUCGAUCGACGCGCGAUGUUGGUUCAGGCCAUCGAAGCGCUCGAUCGCCCGCUCCGAUUUAUCAACGCAGGGGGUUCGGGGAGCCUCAAACUCAACGCUGGCGAGGAGGUCGUAACCGAAGUCACCGCAGGUUCUGCCUUUUAUGGACCGAUCCUCUUCGGGCACCACGCUGACUACACGUAUUACCCGGCGGCAGGCUUUGCCAUCCCCAUCGUCAGGCAACCUACGCCAGACAUCUUCACCUGCCUCGGCGGAGGUUACACAUCUUCAGGCGCCGGAGGACCGGAGACGCUCCCCAGACCACACCUCCCCGAAGGCGCGAAGCUCACGCCGUUCGAGGGCGCUGGCGAGGUGCAAACCCCCGUCAAGUAUCGCGGCGAGGAGAGGCUCUCGUUGGGCGACCCGAUCUUCAUGCGCCAUGCAAAAGCUGGCGAGCUGUGCGAGCGAUUCGAGAGGUUGUAUUUGUGCCGCGACGAGGAGGUCGUCGAGGAGGCGUUGACCUAUCGAGGGCAAGGGCAGUGUUUUCUGUGA